AUGGCCGUGUCCAGUUGGGCCUUGGGUUCCGGGACUGAGGUCAGCCAAGAAGAAGUGAUUGUUGGUGACCGAGUGGCAGAGCCCUGGUCAAGGGCCGACUGCAUCAGGGUGCUCAGUGGGUGGUACGUGGGGGGCCAGCCGGACCCAGCUGGGGCGAAGGAUGUCCUCAGACGAGUGAAGGAGGGGCUGGGCUGGCGGCGGGGGCCUGGAAUCCUGCUGGGGGGGGCCUGGCCUUAUGUUUUUUUCCAGGAGGAAUCGCGGGAGUUUCGGGAGCAGCCCAUCGACCCCCAAGCCCAGCAGGAAAUCAUCAAUAGCAUCGAGGACGUGUAUUUCUCGACAGACUCGUUUGAUAUUGUGAAGUAUGAGAUGGAGAAGCUCCCGCCUGUCCUCAAUCUGCAAGAGUUGGAGGAGUAUCGAGACAAGCUGAAGGAGCAGCAGGCGGCCGUCUCUAAGAAAGUUGCAGAUCUGAUCCUGGAAAAGCAGCCUGCGUACGUCAAGGAGCUUGAGAGAGUGACCUCCCUGCAGACGGGCCUUCAGCUGGCAACUGUCAUCUGUACCAACGGAAGAAGGCACCUGAAUAUCGCAAAGGAGGGUUUUACUCAGGCCAGCCUGGGCCUUCUCGCGAACCAGAGGAAGCGCCAGCUGCUGGUCGGCUUGCUGAAAUCCUUGCGGACCAUAAAGACGCUGCAAAGAACGGAUGUGCGCUUGAGUGAGAUGCUGGAGGAAGAAGAUUAUCCCGGCGCCAUCCAGCUGUGCCUGGAGUGCCAGCAGGCAGCCAGCACUUUCCGCCAUUACAGCUGUAUCAGUGAGCUGGACUCCAAGCUGCAGGACACCCUGGAGCAGAUCGAGGAGCAGCUGGACGUGGCGCUGUCCAAGGUCUGCAAGAACUUUGACGUGGGGCACUACACCAAGGUGCAGCAGGCCUACAGGCUCCUGGGGAAGACGCAGACGGCGAUGGACCAGCUGCACAUGCACUUCACGCAGGCCAUCCACAACACCGUGUUCCAGGUGGUCCUGGGCUACGUGGAGCUGUGCGCGGGCAACACGGACACCAAGUUCCAGAAGCUUCAGUACAAGGACCUUUGCACGCAUGUGACAACCGACAGCUACAUUCCAUGCUUGGCUGACCUCUGCAAAGCCCUGUGGGAAGUCAUGCUUAGCUAUUACAGGACCAUGGAAUGGCAUGAAGCACAUGACGGUGGGGACAUCACCAGGGCAACUGAAGGGAGUGGCGCGACGGGGUCUGAGGAGAGCAAUUUUGACCGCAGCUAUGUGAAGAAGAAGCUGGAACACGGACUGUCCCGGAUCUGGCAGGACGUCCAGCUCAAGGUGAAAACCUACCUGUUUGGGACGGACAUGUCGACGUUCAAGUAUGAUGACUUCAUCUUUGUCCUGGACAUAAUCAGCAGGCUGAUGCAAGUUGGGGAAGAGUUUUGUGGCAGCAAGUCUGAAGUUUUGCAGGAAUCCAUCCGAAAGCAGAGCAUCAACUACUUCAAGAACUACCACAGGACACGCCUGGACGAGCUGAGGAUGUUCCUGGAGAAUGAGACCUGGGAGCUGUGCCCCGUGAAGUCGAGCUUCAGCAUCCUGCAGCUUCACGAAUUCAAGUUCAUGGAGCAGUCCCGGUCCCCCUCCGUGUCCCCGAGCAAGCAGCCCGCCUCGGCUGCCAACUCCUCUGCUGCAGCCUCCUUGUUCGAACAGUGCGACCGUGGCGGGGGGAACCCCUUCGAGAUUCAAGCCAACAACAAAGACGAGGAAACAGAGGAUGUCCUCGCUUCCAAUGGGUAUGAGUCAGACGAGCCCGAGAAGAGCGCGUACCAGGACUACGACAGUGACAGCGACGUCCCUGAGGAGCUGAAGCGAGACUUCGUGGACGAGCAAACCGGGGACGUCCCUGUCAAGAGUAUUUCUCGGGAAACGCUGAGGAGCCGGAAGAAAUCGGAUUAUAGCCUAAACAAAGCCAACGCUCCCAUCUUGACCAACACGACCCUGAAUGUCAUUCGGCUUGUUGGGAAGUACAUGCAGAUGAUGAGCAUGCUGAAGCCCAUCGCCUUCGAUGUCGUCCACUUCCUGUCUCAGCUGUUUGACUACUACCUCUACGCCGUCUACACCUUCUUCGGCCGCAACGACUCGCUGGAAUCCACGGGCCUGGGCCUCAGCAGCAGCCGCCUGCGGACGACCCUGAACCGGAUCCAGGAGAGCUUAAUCGACCUGGAGGUGUCCGUGGAUCCCUCGGGUGCCCUUACAGGUGGUGAGGAGAGAAAGGAGAAGGUGCCGAGUCCACACCUCAGUCACCUCGUGGUCCUGACAUCCGGAGAUACGCUGUACGGGCUGGCGGAGAGAGUGGUGGCCACGGAGUCCUUGGUCUUCCUGGCUGAGCAGUUUGAGUUCCUGCAGCCCCACCUGGACGCCGUGAUGCCCGCGGUCAAGAAGCCCUUCCUGCAGCAGUUUUACUCGCAGACGGUGUCGACGGCCAGCGAGCUCCGCAAGCCCAUCUACUGGAUCGUGGCCGGGAAGGCCAUCGACUACGAGCAGACGCUGCUGACGAUGGCCAACGUCAAGUGGGACGUGAAGGAGAUCAUGUCCCAGCACAACGUCUACGUGGACACUCUGCUCAAGGAGUUCGAGCAGUUUAACCAGAGGCUGGCGGAGGUGUCGAAGCGGGUGCGGAUCCCCCUGCCGGUCUCCAACAUCCUCUGGGAGCACUGCAUACGUCUGGCCAACAGGACCAUCGUGGAGGGCUACGCCAACGUGAAGAAGUGCAGCAACGAGGGCCGGGCCUUGAUGCAGCUGGACUUCCAGCAGUUCCUCAUGAAGCUGGAGAAGCUGACGGACAUCCGGCCCAUCCCCGACAAGGAGUUUGUGGAGACCUACAUCAAGGCCUAUUACCUGACCGAGAACGAUAUGGAGCGCUGGGUCAAGGAGCAUCGGGAGUACUCCUCCAAGCAGCUGACCAACCUGGUGACCGUGUGCCUGGGCUCUCACAUCAACAAGAAGGCCCGGCAGAAGCUCCUCGCGGCCAUCGACGACAUCGACAGGCCCAAGAGAUAGUGAGCCCGGUGGGCGCCGGCCCCCCCUCCCCCAUGUGCCUCCCCCCUCCCCCCUGCCUUGCACUGAUCUCUAGCAGGCGCCCGCCGGGCAUUGAGCUCUCCUGGGUCCCGGGGAGGGCCCCCAGCUGUACAUACGCCCCAGUCUCUCCCCGAAACGAUCUUCCUCUGUUCCUGUUACGUGCGUUACGUCGUCUGUUUUGCAAGAGAACCCGUGGCAAGUCGGGCACAAAUGCUCGCUGCCUCUCCUCUCUCGGCUCAGCCUGGCGGCCAGCCUGGCAGAGGAUGGCGGGCGCUCCUGGUCGUGCAUGGUGGCCAGGAUGCCCUCCGGGCUUGGCUCUCGUUUUCCAAGGCCGAUCGAGGAUUGGUAGUGGCCGAUGACGAACGAGAAUAAACCUUGUACACUGAGGCACACCGACUCCUGGAGGUUCUUUUCCAUAUCGUGAGGCCCCAGGAAGCAGGUUCGCCCGGCCCCCCCGCCGUGUGCCUCUAAGGGAUCUCUUGGGGGCCGCUCGGCCCAGAGGACCCUUCUGGCGGCUGGUGGCCCGCCCUGUGGCCUCGCCCACGCCACGGCCUGUGGACUCCCGUUUCCUCAGAUGUGAAGGGUCGAGCGUUUGGCCGUGACUCUGGGCUCGGAGCCUCCUCCUCCUCGUUGCUCUACGUGCCACGAGAGCCUCGCCGGCUCCCCUUUGUUGGGGGGUAGGAUACGGGGGGGGGCACCCUCCUUCCUCCCCCCCCACAGCCUCACCUCCCUUCCAGCUGUCACUGGCAGCCCCCCAGCAUCCUUCUCCUUCCUCUCUCCAGGCGUGUCUGGCUCACAACCUCUCGGCCCUCCCGGCACUGAAUCUCGCUCAAACACUCCAGCCAGCCACCUUCGGUACACCCCGAGGUGCUCCCCCCUUUGUCCAGCCCUCACUCACGAGUGCUUCACUAAACCCUCACAUCUGAGCAUCCCUCGUGCAGCUGCUCUGGCUCUGCUCGGUCCCUCAGUUCCCUCCCAGGCCGUCCCCGACCUCAGCCAGGGACAGAGCCCGCCAUCGCCUCCACGUCGGAGUCUCCCCCCUCCUCUCUGGCUCUCUCUGGCUCCCCCCUGCCCCCCUGCCCUCUCUGUUACUCUCAGAGACGCUCAUCAUCUGCCUAGUUUUCUGUGCCGCGGUCUGGGGGCGCCCGCAGCCUCCUCGCUUGCACUCACCUCCUGCGCCCACUCGGUGGUGCUGAUUUGUGGACUCGUUCUGGAAGGAUUCAGAGAAGUGGGAGAAACCUGGAGGAAGCGAGCCGCCUGGGAAGAGGAAACAAGGCAGCCAGAGGGGGCCGAGGGGGCUUCUUGGGGCCGGGCUAGCCAGCUAGUGGAACUGCUGGCGAAGGUGGGAGCGGAGGCCUCCUUCCCUUUGCUGAAGAGGCGGGAGAUGAUGGGAUGUUACCUCAGGCGGCGAAGGAAGGCGAGCCUAGAGGGCUGGAGAGUCCAUCAGGAACUUGGAGAACUGAGGAGCUACUUCAGCAGAGCCGCGGGGGGCGACCUACCCCCACGGAAUGCCCCAGAAUGGCCGCAGACAACAGAAGGCAAGUCGCUGCUGGCCACGACUCCCAGAAGGAUGAACGUGGCCCAAAAGGUGUGGCAAGUGCUUCUGACAAGGGAUAAGAAAGCGAAGCCUUCCCCGAAUGAAACACGGACAAAGGAUACGAAUGGGCCGUUCUCAGAGGCAGAAACGAAGACUCUCCACAGGCACGUGGAAAAAGGCUCUAGAGAGACGGGCGCAUUCGAGCCAGAGACACCCUUCACACCCACCAGAUCGCAUGGUAAAUGUUGGAGGACGUGUGGGAAAUCGGGGACACUCAUACGUUGUUGGUGGAGCUGUGAACCGAUCCAACCAUUCUGGAGAGCAACUUGGAGCUAGGCUCAAAGGGCGCAAGACUAGGCAGAGACCCUUUGACCCAGCAAUAGCACUUCUGGGACCAUGUCCGGGAGAGAUCAGGGACAGGGAAGGACCCACUCGGAUCAAAAGAUCUCGAGCAGCUCUUUUUGUAGUGGCAAAGAAUGGAGAACUGAGGGGUGCCCGAGCACGUCGUGGUGUGUGGCUGGGACGGAAUACGGCCAUGCCGUAAGGAAUGGCAAAAGGGACGAGUUCAGAAAAACCCGGAAAGGCUUCUGGGAACUGAUGAAAAGCGAGCAGAGCCGGGAGAACAGAGAGGACGCGCUGACUGACCGGGAGGGACGAAGCCGUUC